CCCACAAAAACUGUGGAAAAACACAUCCCAUCUUUCCACAGUUCAACGGCAAGCUGGAUUUAAAAACAAUAUUAUAACGGCGGCUUCAAAAAUCUGUAAAACGCCUAAAUGAGAUGUGUAAAGAGCGCAACAGUCUCGCGCGAUAUUUCUUACUUUCAAGUGGACAUUAAACACGAGCGGAAAUGUUCUGCAGAAACAAGACUUCCAGAGCCACGGUCGCGCGCGGAUCCGCGCUGGAGAUGGAGGUGAAGAGAGGCCAGUUCCGCCUGAGUGUGCUCGAGGACUCCGCACAGGACUGUGAGGUCCAGAAAUUAAUCGAGAGUGAGGUGCGGAUCAGAGACGGGGCCUGUAAGCUGUUAGCCGCGUGCUCUCAGAGAGAUCAGGCCCUGGAGGCCUCCAAGACCCUCCUCACCUCUAACACCCGCAUACUGGCCCUCAUGAGCCAGCUGCAGCGCAUGAAAGAAGCGCAGGCCAUGCAGAGAGCAGGACGGAGGUCAUUUGAUGGUGGGGCUAUUGAUGACAGAUUACCUUGUACUGCAAAAGUUGCCAUUUCAGAUAUCCGUAUUCCUCUUAUGUGGAAGGAUUCCGAGUAUUUUAAGAACAAAGGGGAGCUGCACCAGUGUGCCGUGUUCUGUUUGUUGCGGGCCGGGACAGAGAUUCAUAAUACAGAUCUUGUAAUAGUGGACAGGACACUCACAGACGUCUGUUUCGAUGAAACAUUGAUAUUCUCUGAUGUACCUCCAGACUUUGACCUGCGGGUGGAGCUCUAUAGCUGCUGUGUUGAGGAGGAUUUCAGUCUGGGCUUCUCCACCCGGAGGCUCAGCCGCCUGGGCAAUUCUGUGACACGGGCAUCCAGUAAGAAGUUCAUGGCAACGCUGGAGACGGCAGCUUCCUGUGGUUCCCACAGCAACGGGGCAGGGUCUCCAGUACUGCCACCCAUCCAGUCUGUACAGGGCCCUAAAUAUCACCUACUGGCUCACACGUCUCUAAAUCUGUGCCACAUACAGAACUCUUUCCGAACCCAUGACCUGACCAUAUCAGGCACAGAGGACACCUCAUUCUGGUUGCCGCUGUAUGGUAGCAUGUGCUGUCGACUUGUGGCUCAACCGCUCUGCAUGACUCAAGAUGUCUUCUGUGGAAACCUCAGAGUUCGGUCAGAGGCCAGUCCUGAGGAGUGGUCAGACGUCUAUGGUGUCCUGAAAGGGACAGAAUUAAUUUGUUACAAGCAGCAAAGCCAUACAGAAUCUUUAGAGAAACCGAUGUUCACUAUUCCCAUUAAUAAGGACACACGUGUGCGUGCCACAGAAAAGGAUCCGUCUCUAAAUACCCAAAGUAUCAACAUAAGCAACCAGUCUGGUGAUGAGAGCACAUACACGAUUCUCACGCGAACGCCACAGGACUCGCAGCGCUGGAUGGAAGCAUUCUGGCAGCAUUUCUAUGACAUGAGCGAGUGGAAACAGUGCUGUGAGGAGCUCAUGAAGAUCGAUGAAUCAUUUCUACGAAAACCAGGGGCAGUGAUGCUAAAACAAGGCUCUUUGUACCAUGAAAUGGUUACACCAUCAACCACCCAGACCAGAAACCAUCAGCUACCUCUGAACAGACCUGUUUCUUCAGAGAUCCAGAACCUGCUGUCCACCUAUUUUAAUGACAGUUACUAAGGAUGAAAGGGGAAUAGGAAACAAAACCUGUUUGGUGCACAACCCCCAACAAAGUACAACUCCAUACAGCACAGCAACGGAUAUAUGCCACAUAAAUGUUUGCAAACCUUAGUCUGCCUCUUUUUCUUUUUAAUAAUAAAAAAUGAUUUAUAGCCUACUCUUAAUUUUAUAAUUUAAACUAAAAAUGUCCCUUUAUUGCAUUAAUUACAUUGCAUUUAUUACAUCAAAUCUUUAUCAAAUAUCCCUGACUAGUAAAAGUCUAGUUACUUUUAUUUUAUUGGCCUUGUAAGUUGUUGCGAACUGUAACAUUUAAACUCGCUACAAGCUAUAGUUUAUAGACAGUUUAUUUAUUUAUUUUGCUUUUAGCAAAUAUCUAUUGGAUCACCCAAGACUAUAAUGGAAAUUUGCAUAUGAAAAUUACAGGCACCUGAAUACCACAUAAAUACGUUAUAAAUAUGUUUUAAAUGUACUUCAGUUUUCUUAGUGUUUCUUUUUUCUUUUAUUUUUUAAUUACCAAAUGUACAAUUGUAUUUGUAAUUUAUCUGUUAUUAUAUGCAUUAUAUGUAGCUGUCUUCCAAAAUCUUGUUUUUUCAAGGUCACUAAUCGAAUAAGUCAAUUUGUGAUGUGGUUGUUCAAGGUCAGAUUUCUGUGCUUUCAUUGACACACCCUCUCAGGAUAACACAGAUCGUGAGGUUUUAUACAAACUUGCGAAGUUCAUUAUAGAACAAAUGCACAUUAAAGCGAAUGGGGGACAUUACCAAAACUAAGAAAUUCUGAAAUUCAUAGUUAUAUUUUAACUUGUCUUGUCAUUGAAAUUGUGCUAAUCUGCUAACCUAAUUUCAGUAUGAAUAUGAAAGCAUUUUUAAUGUUGACCGAUUUUUUAACCUUACUAUACAUUAAUUGUGAAAAUGAAUUCAGGAAUGUACUUUGUUCAAAUUAUUAAGCAUUACAUAAAGUAUUUUAAUUCACUUUGAUUACAUCUGAGAUUUCCACGCCGAAGAAAUGUUUGGAGUUUUGUGCUGUUGUUUCACAUGCUUAUUUUUCAAUUUUGUUUGACUAUAAAAUGAACGUUUGAAGCUGCCACCACUGUGUAAAUACAUUGUUUUAUGUGGGUGUGUAUUCACAGUGUACAGUGAAAUACAGGAGUGGCUGCUUGAAUUCAAUGCUGCAGAUUUUUGUAUGGCAUCUUGCCAUCAAUAAGAGGGAUGCAUGUGUCAACGUCAAUAUAUUCCCGAAAGUUUCCGUGUAACCAGUAAAACAACUUUUUUGUGUGACA